AUGUCUGCGGUGAAUGCCCUACCGAGUCCAGACGGGGAUCGUCUUGGCAGUGUUAUCGUGGACGAGAACAGCGAUGCAGAGCGAGAGCUGUGCGGUAUGGUCGACAUGAUGAUCGCAACGUCCACCAGCGCGCUCCAGAGGAUCGCAAAGGAUGUGACCAACAGCAGCACGGCGUUUGAGAAGGCGGCGCCACUUUUCCAGGCCAAUGGAAUCCACAUUUUCUCUGGCGAGCCCGACGAGAGCGCCUCCAGUACUGUCAGCCCUCCCGCUGUCGAGCCCAACCUGCGGACCCAACUGGCGCACUGUCGAGACCUCCUCCGCAGGGUCGACAGUGAGCGCCGCCACGUGCGUCGUCAUUGUAUCUACCUUCAGAAGGAGCACGAGCUUCGACAUGCAGAGAUAAAGUCGAUGCACCGCUACUCUAUGGAAUCGCAUCAGCGCUCGCUGAUGUUAGAGAAUCAGGUUGCAGAGGAGCGCCAGCGCCGUAAGCGUCUGGAAGACGAGGUGGACGCUCAAACGCAAGAGGUCAUGCGCCUUCGCCGUGUUCUUCGAGCCCUACCAGACAACGUCUUGAAAUCCCUUAGUCCGCAUUAUCCUGCCGACGACGCUGCGGCAGAAGUUGUGCAAACUUUGGCCCCGGACCGCCGUUUUGAGGAGGCCUUUCGGGACAAAAUGAAUAGCAUUGUGUAUAAGAGACGCUAUCACCAGGCAAGUGCAAUGCAUCAGGCGGCCAGCGAGCAGGUUGAGAUGAUGAUGAUGGAACAGCAAGAUCCCUUGCAGGUCGCGUCGAGGUGGCCCUACGUCGGUGAGGACGUAACGGCUGUAGGUGCAACGCUGACUGAGUCAGUCGUGAAGCAGGAAUGGCGGCGCAGCUUCAACGGUGCCUCCGACCUGCUCGAAUCUCCGUCCCAUGGGGUUGGUGAAUCGCAGCUGGAAGAGACAAUAAAACCAACUGCAGCUUCGACGCUUGCGAACUGCACACUCAUGCAGUCAGUGCUGGCGUUCCCCUUCCAGUUACCCUUCACGACGGCCACCCCGCAAGACGCGUACAUUAAAUUUCUCGUGUACCACUCCGCGUACGCGGAGCCGCUCACCCAGUUGCGGGAGCACGUCCUCAGGCUGAGCUCACGUCUCAAGACGGCGCAGGAUGCUGGGCUACGCGCGCUAUACACCAUGUUUACUCGGGUGCUGCAUCUCCUUGGAUCCAGCCCUGCCCAGACGCAGUGGCGCUCUCUCUACGAGCGCCAGAUGGAAAAAAUGCAGCGCACACACCGCGAGCUUCUAUACGCGGUGAUUGAUCAGGCGAAUAUGGCAGCCACCAAGAUCCCGGAGCUUGAGCGCAUCGGCGGUGCUGCUGCGGCGCGGCGCGAGCACACCGGCGGUGUUCCGCAGCGCCGAGACGUGGGCUGCAGCGCGCAGGAAUCGACCACGAUGGAAAAGUACCGGUCCUCCCAGCUCAAGGAGGAGCUCGCGCGUCUCAAACUGCACUCGCUCGAGGUGGAGGCGGCAGCACAGAAGGAGAAAGAGGAGAUGACUAGGCAACGCUCGACUGCGCGUCAAGAUGCUUUGCAGGCUCUGCAAUCUCUCAAGGCGCUCUCCAAAUGCAUUGUAUGGUCGGUGAGAGUGCACGGCGCCGCCGACGAUGCUGUGUAUGACCCUUUCGCUCAACUGCCUGAUCCUCUCACUGAGGAGGUGCUGGACGACCCGCGCCUCGCUAGCAAGACGACAGAAGCAACCGAGUUGACUGUCUCGUACGUGCGCCUGCUUGCCUACAGUCAUGGCGAAGGCGGUCGAGGUAAAUGCGCGCAGCCCCCUCUCGCGGACCCCAGGGCCGCAACGCUUUCGUCCUCGCAAAUGUCGGGAAAGGAUGGCACGCGAGAGGGGGCGGCUAGGGACACCACCAACAUUUUCCGCACGGCCUCUGGCGCCACCGCUUCGUCGUCGUCUCCAAAGGCGCAGUCGUCUCGGAGGAAAUCGGCACCGUCAGCAGUGCAAGCGCUUCGCCGUCGCACUCGCAGCAGCUCCUCGAGGUACUCAGACCGUCGACUCAGCACACCGCAACUACCUCCCGUAGCGCGCACCCCAGCGUUGUCGGAGAGUACGAAAGACUGUUGCAAGCGCCGGAGCAGCGGCGAUGCCGCAUCAGCACCCUUUCCUCCUGCCAGAGGCGGCCCUUCCUUGACGAAGUCUUCGACUGUGCUCUCUUUUCACAACACGGUGAGCUCACAAGAGGCCCGCGUCAAGGAAAGCUGCUCUACGCCUCAGGCAGCUGUCACCAUCAUCGAUCUCGGCUUUCGUGAGAGCGAUGUUCAGCGGUAG